CGGAUGGUGUUAAGUUGGGGAUCAGCUUGUAGAGUUUAUUGCACCUCCCAUUGGAGGUGCUAAAGAGUUAAAUUCCAUUUGUUUUGGUUUUGCAUCCUUCUUGUAUCUCGUUAAAGAGUUAAAAGGCAUUUGAAGGAUUCAGCGAGUGAGGACAUUUUCCUUUGUAAUUGCCGCACAUCACAAUCUAUGAGAAUGUCGAUUUCUCUCCGUCGACUUCGUCCCGCGCUCAUUCUUGUUCGUCAACGGGACCCACACGCUCAAUUCCAUUUCAAAGCCUCUAAUCGCCAAAUGAUUCAGCUCCAUCAUCCCAGAUUAUGGAAUGUUCAAGGAUAUCCCUCCUCCUAAUUUUCCUGAUUUCUGCCGUCCCUCGUCGCUCCCACCAAUCAUUUGACCACGCGAUAUCUCCGUCGCCGGCACCACUCCCGUGGACAAGUUCUCCGGCGCCUGAGAGUUUAAAUUGCGAUCACGUCUCUAACAAGUGUCAAAUCCAGAAUUGCAGUCUUACUGCCUGCGUGCCUUUUCUUGGAUCUCAAACCUUGUAUAUCGUUAUCCUUAAUGGUGGUGAGACCUCUCUUCAACUAAACAUUGUUGUCCUUCCAGCAAACAUGACCCUGGAUUCAGUAGUAUCAGAACAUCAAGUAAAGAAGGUAGACUUGCCAUCAAACACAAGAGGAGAUUCUUCGAUUCUGCUAAGUGUUGGAGAUGGGGAAUGCUCAAUCCAUUUGGGGUCUUUGAUACCACAAGCCUUCUACCCCAGUUACAUCACACCACUCCAUGGAAUAUACAUAUUGUUUGCAGCCACCCUUAGCAUCGGAGGGAGUUGGGCUUGCUGUAGGUUGGCGAAAAGGAGAGGCCGUCUCGACGGAGUUCCAUACCACGAACUUGAAAUGGAUCAGCGGGAGUCGGAUCAAGGUUGGGGUCAGAACUGGGAUGAGGAGUGGGAUGAUGAAGAAAAUGGAGUGAGAUCACCAGCUACUAUCCACACUCGAAAGGUGCCUCUUUCAAGUAUGUAGCUAUUUGCUCAGAUAAGAAAACUACAUCUAAUGCUAUAAAUAGUUGAAAAUCUCAUUAAAGUAGAUAUAGAACUAAGAGAAUUAAUUUCAGGCACAAUGGCCUUCUACUCUCGAUCAUGCAGCUCCAGCAUAUAUAAACAAUUUUGUCAUACUUGAUACAACUAUCUUUCUCUUGAUGUCACAUGUACAAAUACAAUAUUUUUAUGGAUUAAUGAUUUUUGGGUGAAAAUUAAAAAUAUACCCAUUUGUUGAA